AUGAUCAAAACCAAAGAUGUCCCUAUAGACUACACAGCAGGCAUUAAGAUGCUGUACGUGUUUGUGGAUAUCCAGAUGGACAACGCACACUUUCUGGACACGGUCAAGUUCAACUUCCCCCCUGGACACUCUCUGGCACUUGUCAGCACUAUCCAGUUUGUGGCUGCACUGAAGGCGGUGAGUGCAGCUCUGAGACCAGAGUAUGAGGUGGUGGUUCCCCAGUGUCGACCCCUGUCCCCUGGAGAGAUCCUGGGAUGCACCUCCCCCGCCUCUACCGAAACCUCAACGCCCUACCUGGGAGAUGGCAGGUUCCACCUGGAGUCCAUCAUGAUUGCCAACCCAGAGAUACAUGCCUACAGGUACGACCCGUACAGUAAGAUAUUCUCCAGGGAGUACUAUGAACAUGAAGCCAUGCGGUCCAUCCGGCUCCAGGCCAUCGACAAGGCUCACUCUGCCAAGAGAUGGGGCCUGAUCCUGGGCACGCUGGGCCGGCAGGGCAACCCUAAGGUCAUGGAGCACCUGGAAUCCAAGCUUGAGUCUCUUGGCAAGUCCUUCACUCGAGUGCUGCUGUCUGAGAUUUUCCCCAGCAAGCUGGACCUGAUGGCAUUAGUGGAUGCGUGGGUCCAGAUCGUUUGCCCGUGUCUCUCCAUUGAUUGGGGCACAGCCUUCUCCAAACCCCUGCUGUCUCCCUAUGAGGCAGCUGUGGCUCUGCAGCAGGUGGGCUGGCAGGAGGUGUACCCCAUGGACUUCUACUCCAAUCAGAGCCUGGGGCCAUGGGCGCCCAACCACCCCGACAACCAACCAGCUCGGCCCACCCACAAACAGACACAGAAGACUGGCUCACAGCCAGACCCUACCUCCACUCCCUCACAGCAGUCUAAACUGUGUGGACAGAACCAGUGCGCCCCUUUUGGCUGUCAGGGAGAAUGACAUGUACACCUCCACUUCUGGCUGCCAACCAGCUCUUAUCAUGGCUAUCUGUUGGAGCCAGGCCAGCCUAGAGUGAGUCUAUCUACCACGCUCAGGAGGGCUUUCACUCUGAGCCCUGCUCAACACCUCACCUCCCCCAGGAGACCGGGAACCAGAGACACUUCACCUCACAUACCCCUCCAUUAUAUUUACUGUCCUGAUGGAAUAGACUGUACUGCAUCAAUGUUUGAGAGAGAGCGAGACAGACAGGAGGAUAAUACAGAAGGAUAUUCUAUAUUUUAACCAACUUGUCUACCAAUCAGUAGCAGUUAGAAGUGAGUGCUCCUGGUUAGGGAGCUCCUGGUUAGGGCUGUGUAUUAGUCAGUCACGACUUGCUCUCCACUCAUCAUUUAUUGAUGACGGGAGUCUUUCAAUGGAACAUUGUGAGUGACUCACUAGAGGUGUGUGAGUGAGUGAGUGAUGUGGUCUAGGCUGGUUCCCUGAGUACAUCUCCCUAGGUGAUCUACCACAGUCUCUUUGAUGUCACACGUACAGCACCCCUCUGAUGUCACAAGAGCUGCUGUGCUGCAGCUUCUACUCAGAUCAGUCACAGCGGCAUCUCAUUCGAAACACAAGCAAAGGUGCUAGAUAUGGCUUGUCCCACCAGAUGCCCAGGUCCUCGAUGUUGUAUUGGGUAACGUGCUACGUCACUGUAUAUAAUAUCACAUUACGCCAUGCUCGACACCUCAACAUUUCCCUCACAAGGCUAGCUAGUGAGUUAUAAAGGUGUUUGUUUGCUGGCUGUUGUCUUGUUGGUUUGAAUAGAAGCAUUGGAAAACAGAGUUCUUUCAGUUGAGGUAUAAUUGACAUAUUGGGAGGUGGGGAUUUGGCAGGAGAUUGCAUUCAACAGCUAAAUAAAGAAUCUUCCCUCCCUAAUGCUUGUAGGAUCUGCAGAGAAAAUAUCAAAGUUAAUUAAGCUGAGUAAACUUUUGUGGAUUGCAAAGCCAAACUCUGAAUAUCCUCUCUAGUGUCUCUCUUCGCCGUUUACUUCUUUAUUGUCCAGUGUCUGGAUCCUUACCCACAGAGAAUCCCUACCUACAUCUUUGAAAACAUAAACACUAUAGCACUGUACCUUACCACAACCCUGGGAUAUGUUUAUUAAGCACAGGCAGGGAAUAAUGUUUUGAAAUGGAGACAGAAAUGAGCAUGCUAAAUCAAUAUGUCUAGGUAGUACUUCCUCUGUUUCAAACUAUUUGCUUUUGUUUCUUGGUAACUGAAGUAACCCAAGUAUUUGCACCACCUCCGCUCUCAGACUUGCCUUCCACAGAGACUCUGAUCCAAUGCAUAUAUAUGGCCAAAUGCAAACAUGUUAUGUGAGAAAAGUCUCCCCAUAUGAUGUGGUGUAUUGUCAGACUUAUUGCACCACUGGUUCAUUGGACCAGAGAUGUAGUGGGAGGCAGUGGCCACUAGAUGGAGCUCUCUGCAUAGCCAGUGUGUUUUAGCCCCACUCUGAUAGUGCUGCUAAAUCACCAGAGCUCAUGGGGGAUUGAUUUAUCAGUGUUUUGUAUGGCAGUGUAGUGGGUGAGUGUGCUUGGGGGUGUCCUUCCAAGAACCCUGUGUGCUUUUUGUAUUCACUGUGUGUAAUUGUUUCCAGAUGUUUGGGGAAUGUGACUCCACUCUCUUCCAUCUCCCUUGGCAUCCCUCCCCCUCUCCCUCUCUCUCCAAAUGUUUUUGCCAUCAUGUUUCUUCUGCCAGCAGCUCCCCAUUUCCUGUCCCGGAGGGCAGGAUUGGCCAGGGUGGGGUUAUAGAGGGGUUAUGACUGCUUUUGACUGCUUAUGAGCUUCCUGUGCACAUGUGUCACGUGGCUAAGUCAUUUCAGUUGAAUGCAUUCAGUUGUACAACUGUCUUGGUAUUUCCCUUUCCUUUCUCAAAGACAAAAGGUGUCAUGGAUCACGGAAGGUUUGACUGCUAUCAGUGUGCGUUGUACGGUCAGCUGGUGUUUAUUGUAGCCUCAGACCCUAUGUUGGUCACCCAAAACCAUUAUAUGGUGAUAAAACCUUCUGCAAUAUCGAUAUCCCCCAAAUACAAUAAAACAUUUGAGACCUCUUAAGAUAUGUGUUAAUAUGUAGGUCAUAGUGUAUCGCAGGAGGUUGGUGGGACCUUAAUUGGGGAGGACGGGCUCAGGGUAACAGCUGGAGCGGCAUCAGUGGAAUGGUAUCAAAUAUAUCAAACUCAUGGUUUCUAUGUGUUUGAGGACAUUCCAUUUGCUCUGUUCCAGACAUUAUUAUGAGCCGUCCUCCCCUCAGCAGCCUCCACUGUAGUAUAUCUUAAAUAGCACUUUUGUAAAACCCAAAGAUGUGUUGCACCAGCUGAUUGCUUACUUUCAGACUCCUAGUAUGUGCUUGUUUGUUUUUCUGGUCCAGAGAAGGCUCCUCAGAGGAGGAAGGGGAUGACCAUUCUCCUCAGUGAAUUUCAUGCAAAUAAAAUUGUAAAACAUUUAAAAAGUGAUCCUUUUCAGAUAAAACUGUAUUAAAUAUAUUCAUGUCACCAAAUAAUUUAUUAAAACACACUGUUUUGCAAUGAAGGUCUACAGUAGCCUC